UCCACCACAACAUGCUCGUCCACCAUUGACAUAGAUGAGAAGGUCAAUAAGUAAGAGCAGGUGACUGGCACCACAUCCUGGCGGGUAGAGAAGGAGGAUGAGAGUCGGCAGGGCAGGACGGCGUCUUCCAUACCGGCUAUGACAGUGCUGCAGGACCUCAUGCUGGAGAUCAACACCCUGAAAGAGUCACAGCGGGGGGUACAAGACCAGAUCCAGAAACUGCCCGACACUGCAGGGGUGGGGAACCUGAGUCAGAUGCAGCUGAAGACAGAGACAGAAAAAGACAUAGAAAGCUUACAAACAGAGCUCGAACUGUUGAAGGCUCGUCUGAAAAUUCUAGAAGACAAGUUGGAAGUAUUGUAUGAGAUUUUGGCAAGACGUCCGGAAAUUCAGGAUGCCCAGAUGCCAUAUUCUUUACCACCUGGUGACAUCAUCAGUCCUAUGUCUGGACCUGCACAAGUUACUGAGGUCUCAAUUUCUAAUGGAACCACAUUGACCACUUCUCAAACUACACUGUCUCAGACUCAAGGAUCCAGCCAGGCUGAAGAAUCUGCCCUUCCUGUGGGGACAACACAUGGUGUGAAAGCGGGUACAUUGGAGGACACUCCAGGACAGAUGCAUGAGACGGACCCAACUUACCUAGAGUCCUCCAUGGCCCAGAGUACUGGGAUUAACCCUUCUAUGACUAGCAUGGAUACCACGCUUGCUCCUGGGUCGCUUGAAGUGACCCCUGUUCUUCCGGCUGGAGCUACAUCUACGGAGCAUGCAAUGCUUUCUACGAGAGUGGAUGCACUGGAGAGAGACAAGGCCGACCGCGCCGAACUUGGACUUUUGCAGAUAAAUUCAGAUGACCUUGCUAAGACUGUACCUGACCUACAGGAGAAACUGAACUGCCUGAAUAAAGAGAUGCAAGACCUGAGAGAAGAUAGGCUGGAGCAACUGCAGAGAGCACUGGACCCAAUACUAACACAACAAAUUGACCAGAAGUUGGAGGACACCAACCAGAUCAAUCAGCAGUUAGGCCAUCUCAGUGCCACCAUCCAAGACAUUGAAAAAGAACUGAAGGAACUGCGUGAUAGGCAGGAGAAGGAAAAGGCCACCAUGGAGCAGUCAGUGGCUGAUACAUCUCUACAACUACAAGAUCAGUUAAACAUGCUUCGUGGGAUCUUGACGACUAUGGCGUCUUCCUCAUCCACUCUUCUAGCCAUGAGUAUCCCCAAGGAUUCUGAUAGCAGUACACCAGUAUCGACUACAGAGGCUGAACUCCCAGCACGGUGUGCCAUGCCAUCUCCUGAUACCACCACAACAUCUGAGGAGCGUCUUACAUGUCCAGCCUGCACCAUUGACAUAGGGAAGAAAGUCAGCCAACUAGUCAGCCAGUAUGAACAUCUGCAGAAAGUGGUGACCGAUUAUACAUCUAGAGAGGGAGACGGUAAAGACCUCCAGGUGGGCAGGAAAGCAUCUGAUCCUUCCAUUCAGGACACAGAAGUAAUUGGUUACAUCACGAACACCAUGGUCCAGCUCCAGGAGGAAUGUGAGCAGCUGACCCAGACCACCAGAUCUCUAAUACAGGACCAUGAACAAAAGCAGCAGCACAUUGACAUCCUUUACCAGGCAGUGGGCAAACUGGAGAACAAGAAAGCCGACAAAGAGCUGAUUGGGCUGGAGAUUGAUGUGAAAGCAGACAAGAGUGCGCUGGAAAGGAAAGUGAGCCGCACACAAUUUGAUGCCACCACAGAACAUCUGAGCAGAAUGAUACAGGAGCUGCUUGGCAAAAUGAGCGCCCAGGAGCAAGACUGGCAGAGACUACUGGAGAAAAUCAGUCUGGAGAUGGAGAAUAAACUGAACCGCAUAGAAAUUGAGUCGGUGAAGAACAUCUUGGAGGAGCGUUGGCAAGACCUUCGCCGGCAGCUGCAGAAACAUCCACCGCAGUAUCAGGCUGAUGAGGCUGCAGGUAUCCGCAAGCAGCUGAUGACAAGAUUUCACUGCAUCUCCUGUGACCGCAGUGUGAAUAUGAUGGUGCCCGGCCCGACAACAUUGACCAUCCCAAAGAUUCCUGGGCUACCAGCACGUCAUUCCAACCGGCCAAACACUGUGUUUGAACUCAACCAAGUCCGCCAGCAGAGCCGCAGGUUAAAGUCGAGAAUUUACCAGGCGAGAUGUGAGGCCUCGCAGCUGGAAAUGAACAUCAAUCACCUGCGCAGAAUCCAUGCUCAUAUGUGUCAGGAGAUUGCAAGAGUACAAGUGCAUUUUGGAGGUUCAGAUAAAACCUUCAAGAACCCCAUCGUCCAUCAUUGUACCACUCUAGGGAAGACCUCCAAAAUGUCCAGCUCCAACCAGAGAUUUGAUGGACGCUUACCAGAGCUUGGUAGUGUGAGGUCCAUGUCCAGCUCUCGCAGCUGCGGAGGAAGUCACACAUUGACCUCCUCACAGAGACGUUAUAUGAAAGUCGUCAGCUCAUGUUCUUUGCAGAAGAAAGACACUACUGAGUGUGGCUUAACGAAAGAAGAAGUAUUGGUAUUAGGCCAGGAUGGGCACAUCUAUCGUGGCAGGACGGGCAACCAUUUACCAACAACUAAGCCUAAAGAUGGCAAGAGAGAACUUGCUACUCAUCACAAAGCAAGUGGAUGUAAUCUGAAGAGAAAAGAGAGUCUUUACGUCUGUUCUUCUGCCACAUCUUCCGAUAUUCGUUCUGGAGUUUCCAAAGUCCUUGUAAAAUCUCCGGGAUCCGAACAGCCUUUGCCUUCCAUUCAAGGCACUGCUCUAGCCACUUACUCUCAGAAAGUGCCGUCCACACGAAGAAGCUCAGCGCUGCUAGGAAGAGCUCAGGGGCGCCCGUUCUCAGCUUCUCGUGGAGGUCUGCAUCAACAGAGUGAUUAACUCAAAUGUUGCCCAGAGAAUACAGAAGUCAGGGGAAUAUCAACCUGAAAAUAUUUUAAAAAACAUUCUAUUAUAUCAAAUAAACUU